UUGAAUUCCAAGUGCGAGUUACUAAAAACUAGUUGAAAACGAAAAUGGCGAUGGACGAACUGAAGACGAAAAUUAAGAAUGCGAAUCUUAACAAUUUAAAGGAUCUCUUGUCUGCCAAAAUGUCUGAGUUUGAGCUGACAAUGAGCAUCAUGAUUGGGAUUGGUGUUGCCAUAAUCACAUUUAUCAUCGUCAUGUUCUUUGGAGUUUGGAAGCUUAGGUCAAAGGUGUUGCCAAGUCAGACUGGUGGCCCAAGAAAACCUCGAUUUAGGAAGAGGGACAAAGUAAUGUUUUAUGGAAGGAAAAUGUUGAGAAAGGUGCAAAGUUUUACAAGAAAAUUAGGGCCACCCAAUAGAGGAAAGCUAAAGAAAAGGCAAAUAGUAAUGAAGUUAGCCAAAAACUAUUCCGAAUUACGACAGAAAACCUUGCGGUUGCUCCAAUUGAGGCGCGAGUCCUCCCAGCCUCUGCUGAGGGUGAAGGAGCCGCCUCAGUCCUUCCUGGAGCUAGACACGUGUGACAUCGACGACAGCGAACAACGUCUUCCCUCAGAGGUGCUCUACAUGCUCCGAAGCACUCGAAUUUUUGGACAUUUUGAGAAACCACUUUUUUUGAGUCUGGUUAAACAUAUGGAGUCCAAGAUUCUUAAAUGUGGAGAAUACUUGUUUAGAAUAGGAGACCUAGAUGACAGUAUUUAUGUGGUACAAGAGGGCCACAUCAACGUCAAAAUUUGUGAAUCAGAUGGCACUAAUUACCUGGUGAAGGAGGUUUGUCCCGGAGACAGUAUUCAUAGCUUACUGAGUGUAUUGGAUGUUCUGACGGGGCAUGCAGCACCAUACAAAACAGUAUCAGCACAGGCUGCCGAGGAUUCCACAGUGCUUAAGUUACCAGCUAUCGCUUUCCAGUCAAUGUUUGAUAGAUUUCCAGAGUCGCUUGUUCGCAUUGUACAGAUAAUUAUGAUCCGGCUCCAGAGAGUGACCUUCACAGCCUUACACAACUACCUGGGUCUCUCCAGUGAACUCAUCAGCUCUCAACUUAUCGAGGAACUUCAUGCCAUGAGAAUGAUCGGCCAAGCUAGCGCCAAACGACACAGCAUCUGUGUUGUGACCCAGAAGGAGAUGCGGACACUAUCCGGGAGGUUCCAGUCCAGCCCCCACAAACAGCGCAGCAGUGUGAGGGACAGUAGCUGGCACCGGGACAUCAGUGUGGACAGGGAGGAGCCCGGGCAGCGAGGAGCUCAGCUGGGGAGUGAGGGCAAGGAUAAACUGGACGGAGAAACGCAUGAUGACACAGACGGAGCGCUGACUGAUUUUGCGGCUGCUGCACAGAGAGCCAGAAUAAACAGUCUGGACCUAGAGACCAGUAAAGCUUCAGACGAUCCAGUGAAGGUCAUAGGUCAUGUCCCAAGGUCACGGAUGAAGAAGAUGUCUGACACAGGAAUGUACGUGUCACAGACGAGUGUGGACACGAGUGAAGAGGAGGCUCUGGAGUGUGCCAGAAAAGAUCUUAUCAAGCUGUUAAACUUACAGGAUGAAUCCCUUCUGGAUGGGAGGUUGUCUUUGAGAAAAUACAAGGCAGGAACCACAAUUCUAAACCAAGGGGACCAGGAUGCCAGUUUACUCUUUGUGGUGGCAGGAACUCUGAAACUUCUCCAGCAAGUGGUUGGCAAAGAACAAAAGGAGGCUCUGCUGUUUAAUGCGUACCCUGGGGAAUUGGUAGGGGCCUUAGCCGUGCUGACCGGGGAGCCUUCCUUCUUCACCAUCAGGUGUAAAUACGAGUGUAGGCUAGUCUUGAUCUCCAAGGAGGACUUCUACAGCAUUAUGCAAGCCCAGCCUUCCGUUGUUCUGUCUUGCGCUCACACCUCUGUCGUCAGAAUGACCCCGUUUGUUCGACAGAUUGACUUUGCUUUGGACUGGAUUCUUACUGAAGCCGGGAAAGCUCUAUUUAGACAAGGAGACCAAUCAGACCACAUCUACAUCGUCCUGACCGGUCGUCUUCGAUCAGUCAUCACCAAGGAGAAUGGCAAGAAGGAGUUGGUGGGGGAGUAUGGGCGGGGGGAGCUGGUGGGGAUUGUGGAGGUGCUGACCGAGGCCAAGCGCACCACCACCGUCAUGGCUGUCAGAGACACAGAAUGUGCAAAAUUACCUGCAGAAUUGUUGAACCUGAUAAAGCGUAAAUACCCACAGAUUGUAACGCGACUGAUCCACUUACUGGGAGAGAGACUCCUUGGACAACUACAGACUAAAUCCACCACUUCAUUCCCAAUAGCAGAUCCUGUUGUUAAAGACCAAACCUCCGUUGGUAACUUAGCUACCGUGGCGGUCCUUCCAAUCAGCAGAGAUGUCCAGAUAACAAGUUUUACGCUAGAGUUACAGCAUGCUCUACAAGUCAUAGGCUCCACCAUGAGACUUACCAGUGACAUAGUUAAAGAAAACCUGGGGUCAGCUGCCCUGGACAGUGUGAAUGAGUUUCGGCUGCUGAACUGGCUGGGUCAGCAGGAGGACGCCAACAGGAUGACCCUGUAUCAGUGCGACUACACCCUGACCAAGUGGACCAAGAACUGUAUCCGACAGGCAGACUGUAUCCUGGUGGUGGGGCUCUUUGAGGGGGACCCAGCUGUCAGUGAGAUUGAGAAGCAAAUGGAAACCAUGUCUGUCAGGGCACAGAAAGAAUUGAUAUUACUUCAUCGAGAGGAUGCCGACACCCCUAAAGGGACUGUGGAGUGGCUGAAUGCCAGGGGAUGGCUGUCAUCUCACCAUCACAUCAAGUGUCCGAAACGAGUCUUAACAAAAAGGACAGAGGCCAAAAUUAUUGAGUUGUAUAAGAAGCACAUGGAAACAAAAGCAGACAGGAUGUCGGAUUUCUCACGAUUGGCUCGCUUCUUGACAGGCACUUCUAUUGGAGUUGUACUUGGGGGAGGAGGAGCUAGGGGCCUAUCACAUGUUGGUAUGCUGAAAGCUUUAGUGGAAGCUGAGAUUCCUGUAGAUAUGGUCGGUGGAACCAGCAUUGGGGCAUUCAUAGGGGCCUUGUAUGCGGACAGUGUCAACAUGAGCACUUUCGGCCAGAGAGCAAGGGAGUGGUCUAUUGGCAUGACAUCUUUGUGGAAGAAGAUUUUAGAUAUAACAUACCCAGUGACUUCAAUGUUCACAGGAAAGGCUUUUAAUGAUGGCAUAGAGUUUGUGUUUGAGCACAGACAAAUUGAGGACCUCUGGAUUCCAUACUUCUGCAUUACAACAGAUAUUUCUGACUCCUCAAUGAAAGCUCAUACACAUGGCAGUCUGUGGCGUUAUGUGAGGGCCAGCAUGUCCUUGUCUGGUUACCUGCCCCCAAUGUGUGACCCAGUUAACGGACACCUGUUGCUGGAUGGAGGCUACAUCAACAAUCUCCCCGCUGAUGUGAUGAAGGCUAAAGGAGCCCGAAACAUCUUUGCUAUGGAUGUUGGGAGCAUUGAUGAGACGGAUCUGACCAACUAUGGGGACCACUUAUCUGGGUGGUGGCUACUGUGGAAGAGGUGGAACCCCUGGGCAGCUCAGGUCAAGGUACCGGACAUGGCAGAGAUACAAACCAGACUGGCCUAUGUGUCGGGUGUGAGACAGCUAGAAAUGGUGAAGAACAGUGACUUCUGUGAAUACAUCAGACCUCCCAUCGAUAAAUACGGCACCCUUCAAUUUGGCAGCUAUGAUGAAAUCUCUGAGGUUGGAUACAACCACGGGAAGACCUUACUGAACGGCUGGAUCAAGGGGGGCCUGAUUGAUGAACUGUUCAAAGACAAGCACUCCGAUCACUUCUCCAAGUGCAACAUUCACAAGGUUCAGACCCACAUGCCUGCCAUGGCCAAGUUUACAGAUCUGGCAGAGCUAGUGUCCCAGAUUGAAAAACCCAAGCAUGGAAAGAAGCCCACUUUCUACUCUGAAAAUGAUGACAUCUUUGAAGAGGACUCAGAUGAUUCUUUUUCUGAUGAAGUCUUGUUGGAAGAGGAUGAAGAGGAGGAAGAAGUUGAUGAAAACAUGGAAGAUUACAAACCGAUUGAGCCUCCCCCACAGAAUAUUGGAAAAUCAUAAUCAAAUUUUAACAGCUCAUCAGCUCAAUGCGAAAAAGGAGUUCAGGAGGAAAAUCAGUUACAUACAGGCUAGACAAGUAGAUAUUGGAUCUUCGAGGAAAAUGUGACUGUGAUAUAUAUUUUAAAAUGAUUAUUCUGUGAUAACAAGUCAAAAUCCCAGUGGAAAACCAGGUAGAACACUCAAAACUUCAAACCAGUCAAAUCUAAAGAGAAAGAGAAGUUUCUUUAUUGUAUGCACAACUUAUUUUUAUUUGAUUAUUGUUUGCAGUGCUAUGUGUGUGUGUUAUAUUUAUCCUUUUAUGUCUGUGUGCCAUUUUAUCGUACUGUAAAUACCAGCUUACAGCCCACUGUGAGUUAUUCAUACAAUCAUAUCCAAUUAUCCUACAUGCUCUGCAAUUUUCAAUGCAACUGUCUUUGUCAGUGUCUCAAUGUACCGUCUUUAUGUUUCUUAUAUCAUUGUAACUUGUAUUUAGAUGUGUAUGAUUGAACAAUAUGCCUUAAAAAUCAGGUAACUGUCAAGUAUUGGCCAAACACCAGUGUAAAUGUACAAUACAUGCUUAUUUUUGUAACUGGUUUAAGAGGGUAUUUUUAUUUUUGGUUUUGUUUUUGGUUUUGUUAGAGAAUUUAUUUUCAAGUACAUGUAGUUCAAAUACAUGUACACGUCUUGCCCAUUGAUUAGAUAUUACAAAUUUUGGUAGCUAUCACUUCUAAAUUAAUAGAUAUAUGUAAAACUGUAUAUUCUUCCUUUGACUGAAUUGAGUACUCAGUAAUAUGCCUGAAUUUUAGAUUUGAGUAAUUUUUUUCAAGAGUUUGGAUCCACAUUUUUCACAAUGUCUUAUAUUGGUAUUCAUUUGUGUUGAUAUUUGCUGAUAAGUUAUUCUGCAGAUUUUUCCCCAGUCUUUGAGAAUGCAUUUUAUCCAACUGGAUUUGUAUGUUACAGUCUUGAUUUGUUUUUAGCCCUUGAACUCUUCUGGUCAAAGUUUGUAUGGCAUCUAACUGCAUGCAUGUACAGGUUAGUUCUGGCAAAUCUUUUUCAAAUUUUGGUUUUUAAUUCUUUUCAACCUCAGAGUUAAUGUCUGCCUCCUUUGGGCUUAAAAAGGACACAGAAGAUGGUAAAAAUUUUGAAAUAUAAAAAUAAAUGUAGAUCAUAAAGAAAAAAAAUUUUUUUUUGAAAACAAUAAUUUAGAAUCAAAGUUUAUGUUUAUGAUAUAGUGCUUUUUUGGUAUUAGUGAUCUGGGCUUAGUCACAGUGGUUAGGCCUAAGCUAAGGGCAUUGUUGUUCAGGUGAGCAAUGUGGCCCAUGGGACUGUUGAACCUAGUUAUUUUGGUCAUUAUAUUGUUAAUGUGAGCAAUGUGGCCCAUGGGCUUCUUGUUUGUACUUACCUGUUUUGGUCAUUGUUGUUCAGGUGAGCAAUGUGAUCUAUUAUCCUUCUGCAACAGUUAUUUUUUCUGUUAUUACCUCAGUGCUAUGUCAAUCACAUUAACUAGAUCUGUAUUAUUUAAGAUGGCCCUGUGUUAUAUGCAUUAUUCAUGUAUAUGUCUAAUAAAAACAAUGGUGUAUUUAUGUUCACAGUAUUUAUGGGAAAUCAGAUGAUUAUAUAUAUUUUAAAAAUGAAACCUUUAAGAAAUUCCACUGUAAGCGUUUUUUUGCUAUUGCUAUCUUUAAGGACCAAAUUAUUAAGUUUUUAUGAUGCAUUGAAAAAUUAACACCUGUUGAGAUUGUAAGCAGGUGACAAAUGAAAUAAAUCCUCUGUCAACA